AUACCGGGUGUCACCCGGCGGUGCCACCAUUCGCAUCCCGGAGUGUCACAAGCCGGGGACGCAGCAGCGGAAAGCAAAAAUCAUCCCUCCAUGUGCGUGACGGCGCGGAGGAAGAUGAGCUAAAGCCACUUAGAUGGAGGCCGGUCCCAGCAGCCUCAAGAGGCUGAAGCUUGGGAAGCUGAAGGUGGUCCGUCGGAGCCUGCUGCAGAGGUACGAGCACCAGCCCUUCAUCUCCUGCCUGGCUGGUUUCUACAGCUGCCGCUGGAAGCGGUACCAGCGCGAAAAGACCGAGCCUGGGAAAUGCUGCUGCAACAUGCGGGAAUGCAUGUUUUUCCCAUUGCUCGUUGCAGCUUUCUGCUUUUCUCUGGUCUUUCUGUACACGUGGGGUGAAGGUAAAAAUGACUACAACAGUUUUGACUGGUAUAACUAUGGGAACCUGGGCUUCUGGUUCCUCUGGUCUCUUGUUAUCCUGAUUGUGGCUGCAGUCUUGUUCGCAUACAUCUCACUGUUACUGGUCCUCGCGAUGUGUUUGCUUGCAGAAGGUCAGCAGCUGUACCUGCACUGGAGUCACAAGAUUGGUACUUUUCUUGUCCUGGGCUUCUCUAUCGCGUCCCUCUUUGCAUUAUCUAUACUCUGGCGAGAUCACCGGAAAACUGUCCGCCUGUCGUUCCAGGUCACAGCUCCUUAUCUCCACAUAGGGGCAAUUGCCAUCAUGGUAUUUCUUGCCUGGCCUGUGGCUCUUCAUGCCAUCAGAGCAGAUAAGAAAGUUACUCAGGUGAUAAUUGUUGGUCCAUACCUGGCUAUCCUUCUCUUUCUUUUCUUGAUACCUCUGGGGAUGUACUCUCCUUGCAUAAGAGAGAUGGGAACACUUGGACCAAAGCCAGCCCUCAUUGGACAUCGUGGAGCACCAAUGCUGGCGCCAGAAAACACUGAGAUGUCAUUUCUGAAGACAAUUGAGCAUGGUGGGGAUGGGCUUGAAACAGAUGUCACCAUAAGCUAUGAUGGGGUUCCUUUCCUCAUGCAUGAUGACACCUUGAGAAGGACAACUAACAUUGAAGAGGUCUACCCUAAUGACACUGCUAAAGCUGCUUCAUUUUUCUCCUGGGAUGCCCUGCAGAAAUUGAAUGCUGGAAAGUGGUUCCUUAAGAACAAACCAUUUGUAGGGAUGGGCUCCCUGUCAAAGGCAGAUCGAAACCAGGCAAAGAAUCAGUCCAUUUACACGCUAAAUAGUUUUUUGCGCCUUGCAGACAGUCACAAUAAACUUGUGAUAUUUGAUCUCUACCGCCCUCCAGAGAAACAUCCUUACAGGAACUUAUGGCUCCGCAAAGUCCUGGAUGUCAUCCUCAAAGAGUCGAAGAUUAAACGCCAUCUGGUCCUGUGGCUGCAUAACAGCGUGAGGUCCUUUGUUCAAUCUGUUGCACCAGGGUUUCAGCACACGAUGGGCAGAAAGGCACCAAUAGAAGACCUAUUAAAGCACAAUAUUGUCAAACUCAAUCUGGUCUACACUGACAUGUCCAGUGAAGAUAUCCGGAAAUAUGCUGAGGCAAACAUCACCACCAACUUCUAUGUGGUCAACGAGCCAUGGCUCUAUUCCCUGGCAUGGUGCUCUGGGGCACACUCUGUGACAACCAAUGCUGUCCACUUGCUGAAGGAUCUCAACCAGCCACUCUUCCUCAUGACACCACAGCAGUACAACACCAUGUGGAUCCUGACAGAUCUGACUGCUGCAUUCCUCAUCUCACUCAUCUUUGCUCUGCACUGGUGGCGAGAGAAGAAUUUCUCCUGCUGUGCCCAGGACAGUAACCCAAUGAUAGAGAGUGGUGGCACCUAUAACAAAUUCAAGACAGAGCUCAGUGACAUGCCUGCUGUCCUGGCCUGACAUGGGCAGAGAGGGGAUGUGAACCUGUUGUCUCAGUGAGGCCGGGGAGACCAGCUGGUGGGGGCUCAGAUCUACUUGGUGAGGAGGAGCCAUUUGCCUUCGUGGCCCUGCUGAAGAUUAGCAUCAGCCUUCCUCUCCUACAGCUUUUCUCACAUUCCCAUGCCUGUCAGUGAUCCUUGGGGUGCAGGAGAGCGCAGAUGGAGUUGCAGCCAUGAAGAAACUGUGCAUUAUGGUGAGAUGCACCAAGCACAUGGGAGCCACCAUUUACCCGAGACCACUGGCAUUUCACAGGGCAAUCAUUCCGUUUCCACACGUGCUGCAAACAUCUGAGCAUCCUCCAGACCUCCUUGUUCUCAGGUGCCCAGAUUUUUUGUAUCAG